UUCUUUACUUCAAUGUUUACCCCGGAAGUUGGCGUAUUUGCCAACAAACACGGAAGGAAAAAAUAAUGAUUGACGAAAGCGAACAGAUUGUUCGCGCAGACGAAAUACAUACACUACUGGAACAUUUUUCCAAAAAUUCUUAUAGGGUGAAGGGAGAUUCUAAGGGUGAUCCAGUGACAGACAAAUGUUUGAAGUUAUUUGCCAAAGACUAUCAGUUUACCGUAAUAAACAACACAACUGGAGACUUGUGUUCACACUAUCCCAGCAAAUUAGCUAUACUCGAGUAUGAGAAAUCAUCUACAGUUAAAGAGAGGGUAGAGAGUAUAUAUGACAAUAAUAAAGUAAAGAAUAUCUUCAAACAGGCAAGAUUUGCAAGAUGUCGGUCAAGAUUUGUGAUACCAGUUAUCUUGUUUGAAGGAAAAAAUGUCUGUAGAUCAGCAACAGUAUCAAGUGGCGCUGAAAUGUACAGCAGAUCUGGCCUUGAUUUCAUCUUCACAGGUGGAGAACAAAGUUCCAGUACAGCAUCAAGACCUGUAUCAUCCUCCUCUGAACAAAGUGAUAUGCAAAUGUUUGAUAGAGUGAGAGGACAGGAUAUAAAUGUAUUAAAAACAUUUUCUGUCAAAUAUAUUGUUGACCUUAUGGUGGAGAAAAAGAAAGUCAAGUUUGGAAUGAAUGUGACAUCUUCUGAAAAGGUUGAUAAAGAAAACAGAUAUGGAGAAUUCUGUAUAGUUUCUGUGCCUUAUCCAGGUUGUGAAUUCUUUAAAGAAUGGAAAGAUAACUCUUAUUUAGGAGAAGUAAUGCAGUUUGACUGGACACAGGGUUAUGUAGAUGCUUGUUUAGAUAUUCCUCCAACAGAAGUGCUAAGACAAUUAUCUAUAGACUGGUCACAAUAUAAGUGUUGGAACCUUAUACAACUUACACAAAACUACCUCAAAAUGAUGUUACAUGUACUAAAAGAAGGGGAUAAAGGUGUUUUAGUUCAUUGUAUUUCUGGCUGGGACCGGACACCAAUGUUUGUUUCAUUGUUAAGACUUUCUCUAUGGGCUGAUGGUGCAAUACAUAAAUCUUUGACAGCCACAGAGAUUGUAUAUCUUACAUUAGCUUAUGACUGGUACUUAUUUGGGCACAAUCUUUCAGACAGAUUAAAUAAAGGAGAGGAGAUAUUAUUUUUCUGUUUCUAUUUCUUGUCUCAUAUUACAUCAGAAGAAUACUCUAUUGAUAACAAAAGGUAAGUGCUUUAUAAUU